CAUGUACAAAGAAAGAAGAACAAUACUUUAGAUGCAAGAAUACAGAUGGCGAUACUUUGACAGAGCAUUACUCGAAGUUUUAUCUGGAAAAGAAAGCCUAUCAACACUCCUACGGCGAGACGGCGAGUUCUUUAUCACAUUAACUUCCUUAAACGAUACCGACGCGUGUUAUUUGAACGUUUUAACGCUCUGAAGCCGGUGCCAAAGUUAAUCAUCCAUGUCAUCAAAUUUGCUCAAUUUUAAUUUUUUUAGAAUAAUUAUUGUGUUUAAGAUUAUUUUCUAUGUUUUAUUGAUGAAGCGCACGAUAUGAAAUUUUUGAUAUUCUGGAUACUGGUGAAUAGCUUCGUGUUCGCGGAAUGCUACUUUUGUUACGCUUACGAAUCGCAAUUUCAUUACUUGAGGAAUAUGUUGGGCGUCGGAUUAUUCAUUUCGAGAGGUUCUGCUUCAGUAUUGAAUCUGAAUUGCAGUUUAAUACUUUUACCAGUUUGCCGGCUUGUGAAUUCGUCCAUACACAGGAGUUUAAAUUUCAUUAAUCGAAAUUUAUUCAAAUAUUGGCUUCAUAAUUUGCAAAAUAUCCAUGUAACAAUGGCUAUCAUCAUUCUGAUUGCAUCUUUUUUUCACACUGUUGGUCACGUUUUGAAUGCAAUAAAUGCCUCUGUAUACUAUAAUCACCGGUACCCAUCAAUUAACUGGGCUUUUUACCAACACGAGAAUCCUUUCAUCAUGAUAAUCCGAAGCAUUUCAGGAGCUAGCGGAUUACUCAUGGUUUUAUUUUUAAUCACUAUGAGUGUAUUUUCUAUACCAUAUUCCAGGAAAAAAGAUUACGUUUUGUUUUCAACUGCUCACUAUUUAUUUCUACCAUUCAUCAUUUUAUACCUAAUACAUCCGAUGAGCGAAAUAUUGAAACAACAAAUUAACUUGAGUGAACACGAGCCUGGCUGUGAAUCGAAAAAUUGUACAUCACAACCUGUCUUUGAAUCAAUUCCAGUACAAAGUUGGAAAUGGAUGUUGCCCUCGAUGGGAAUAUACUUCUUCGAUUUAAUUUAUCGCAUCGUUACACGCAACCGAUUAUACUUCAAGUUGAAAAAAAUUAAAAAAUUACCCGGAGACGUUUACGAAUUGACAUUAACAGGGCGUGCGCACGUCAACAGAAGUCCAGCUCAAUACGUGUUGUUACAAUGUCCAAAAAUUUCAUCCAUAGAGUGGCACCCAUUUACAGUGGUUUCGUCUAAUAACACCGAACAUGAACAUACGCAAACAGAUAUUACUGUACUCAUGAAGGCAUGCGGUGAUUGGACUAAACGGCUGGCGCGAUAUUUAAACAGCGAAAGUGUCAUCGAAUGCCAACUGAGUAAUCAACGAGAUAUUAUUACCACAUCUAAAAAUCACUACCGGUUCUUGGUAGAUGGUGCCUUCUUCAGUCCUCUGAGUAAUAUUUUAAAAACAAAAGUUGCUUUUUACAUCGCCAAUGGAAUCGGCAUCACUCCUUUGGCAUCGAUAUUGAAUUAUUUAAGCAAUUAUUGGGAAACUCGCGAAUAUCCGUACAGAAUACACCUUGUGUGGGUAAUACCUUACGUGGAUCAUUUAUCCUGGAUCGAAAAUUUAUUGAUGGAAGUUCAUACGAAGAACUGGAUCGAUAAUAAACCUGAUCGUUUCAAUUACAAACUAUUCAUUACCAAAGAAAAGGACCUCUCUAGAAUAAAUACAAUUGUCAAGAGCGAAGUAUUAAGAGACAGGAUUUCCAUAGGAAGGCCUGAUUGGAUUGAUGUUUUACAAUCAUGGCAUUAUUUAUACCUGAAGUAUAACUCAUCCUACUCGUUGUAUAUCUGUGGAUCGAAAAAAUUGACUGAGGAUGUAGAACAAGCUGCUGACAAAUUAAUGAAACAAAAUAUCACAUUCAAGAUAAUAAAGGAAGCAUUCACGUAAUUCUUGAUUUAAAAGUUCCUAUGACGCUUCAAUGCAACAAAUUGAUAAUUCGUACCUACCUAAUUGAUUUUUUAAUUUUUUCUCGCAAAUUGAUUGCAUUUUUUCUACUUGUCUAUGCUUUUAAGAAUGUCUAUUCUGCCAUUUCUGUACUCGAUGCAUUUAUACUUAUUUUGUGUAAUAAAUCUUUUCAUGCUAAU